GACCUCGCGGCUGCCGCGGCCGCCCGAGGCUCGCAGAGGCAGAGGGAGCUGCUGAAGUUUGGCAGCGCCGCGGCGGGAGGCGGGCCUGAGGCGGCCUCCAGCGCGGGCGGCGCCCUCGGCGCCGACCUCCCCGGCGGCCUCGCGGGCCGCUGCCCGCCCUGGGCCGACUGGGCGGCCUGGUGGGGCGCGCCCGCGCUCUGGCCGCCGGGGUCCAAGGGCGACGACGGCUGGUCGAAGGGCUGGGCGGGCGCCGGAGCCGCGGGCAAAGGCUGGCCUGGCUGGGAGGCGUGGGACUCCUCCUGGGACCCCCCGUGGGAGCAGCCCUGGCACGGCGGCGGAGGCGGCGAGUAUCCCGAGGACGCGCCCUGGCUGAAAGGCAAAGGUGCUGGUUUCGCCUGGAAAGGUGGCAAAGGCGUCGCGCGACCUCCAAGACUCCGAGCGACGGGUUGCCGAGGCUGGGACGAGUCCUCCUGGGGCUGGUGA